UGCAAUGUGAGUGGAUCAAUUGAGACAAGUCUCAUCUAACCACAGAGACCACAGUUCGAGUGAGAACUGCAAUGAUGACCAAAAUGUUAGAUGGUUUGGCAAGCCUAUUUCGUCUUGCAGCGUUCUUUCUCGUUAUUCAAGGGUGCUGGGCAAUAGCUGAGCAAAAUGAUACGUGUACAACUGCCCCGUUCUUGAACCGAAGUAAAUGUGAACAUUCGAACUGCAGAAACUUUCUUGAGAGUGGAUGGCGCAAGAUAAAAUGUAGUCCAUUUGUCUUUGGCGCUCGCCAAGGUUCCUGCUCUACGUGGUGUAAAAAACUUUACUCCCUCGCUAGCAGAGACAAGCCACCAUGUCAACCAGAGUGUCGAAGUGUUUUCUUAAAUCAAGGAAUUGACACCGGGAAAAUUCCAUUUCGUGUAGUACCCUGCGGAGCAUUUGUAUUUAUUAUCACCUUAAAGGUCACAAGGAAUUUUGAAGUUAAGCCAAUUCCAAGUUGGAUGAAUGAUUUGAUCAACCUUUCUAACAUUGAAGUCAAUAAAGAAAAUGCUUUGCAGGUUGCUUUACCAUUAUUUGCAACUGCAAUUAAAAAAAUUCGGUUCCGCCAUAAACAAAGGGAUAUUCUCGCAGAUGAAGAAGGGGAAGAAGCUAUGUUUUCCUCCUUUGCCCUUGAGGAGUUUAUAAUCAGAUUUUCCAAACGCAGAUUAAAAAUCACAAAUCCCGAAGCUAAUGCUACCAGCAAAGAACUGGCGUUUCAAGUCAGACGUAAUGUUCACCGAAAAGGAAGGGAUUUUCUCUUCAAUGGAAGCAAUGGGGAGAACUUUAUCAAGAUUCCCUCAGCUAAUCUACAUCCGAAUGGAUCCGUAGUACUCGGGAUUGAAUACAACAGCCUUCAGGAGCUUUUUUCAAACUACUCAGCAGGCUCUGGAGGAACCAACAAAACCUGGAUACUGGACAGUAAAAUUAUAUCCGCUGUAGUAGAUCCUUUGCUAGAAGUGCUAACAGAGAACGUCACCUUGGUUUUUCAAAACACGAAGGUGAAUCGUAAAAAAAGAACAUGUGUAUUCUGGAGCUUCUCUGAAGAAAACUUUGGGGGUUGGUCAAGUGAAGGAUGUCAAACAAAGAUGAUAUCAGAUCAUUACACGGAAUGUGUUUGCAAUCAUCUCACCCACUUCGCUGUACUCAUGGAUUUCACCAACAAUGCUGAUGACGGGAAGUUUUUCAAUCAGGAUAAAACUCGUUCGUCAGAUGAGCAUGACAAAAUAUUGACACUCCUUACUCGAGUAGGGAUGGCUUUAUCUCUCACCGGAGUCGCACUAACAAUUAUCAGCUAUCUUCAGCUCACAGACAGAAACUUACCUUUGUGUCACAUACGGGUUAGUCUGACAUCCUGCAUUGGAGCAGGACAUAUCAUCUUUUUCGCUGGAAUCGACUUCACUGAAAACCAGGCUGCUUGUGUAGCUGUGGCAGCUCUUAUGCAGUAUUUCCUGAUGGCCAGUUUUUGCUGGAUGCUUGUCGAGGGGAUUUAUAUCUAUUUAUUUGUUGUAAAGGUUUACAACAUUAGCGAUAAAAUGUAUCGCUAUCAUGGCUUUUGCUGGGGACUGCCUGCAAUCGUAGUUGCUGUAUCUCUGCCAAUCGCUGCAGGAAAUGAUGGAAUCGAAACUUUUGUCAAUGAUGAAAACUGCUGGAUGUCCUCCUCUAAUAAUAUCAUCUGGAUAUUUGUUUCCUUUGUUGGACUGAUCGCAAUUAUUAACAUGAUGAUCCUCGUGCGAGUUAUCAAGGAAUUAACAACAAUCCAACAUGUGAAGGGCAGCCAAACUGAGCAGAUCAGCUUGUGGGAAAAAGAUUUAGAAUUCAGUUUUAACGCUUGUGUUUUCAAAGUGACUAUUCAUUUGGUCUCUAUCAGGCUUGGUGUCCGUGCAUGCGUGGUGUUGGCUCCAUUGCUGGGUGUCACGUGGCUGAUUGGCUUCCUUGUGCCGUUACACAUCGCCUUCUCCUACAUUUUUGUAAUCCUUAAUUCCAAUCAGGGAUUCUUCAUUUUCUUCUGUCACUGUUUGGGAAAUAGUGAGAUAAGGGGGCGUUUCAAAAGAAGAAUCUUAAAAGUCCUCCCAGAUGCAUCUAAUCAAAGGCAAGGUGACAAUAGAGGAAACUCUCAAGCUCGUCAAAGUCACAAUGAUACUGGGAUUCCUGUGCAGGAUCGAGAGUAAUCAAGGGACUUUGAACUUUGGUCUUGUCAAUGGAAUAGGAGAAUACUAAAUGCAUUUAUAACCAGCUUCACUUAUGUUGCUUAGGCUGUAGCUGAUUCAAGUUAAUUCAAGUUGUAUUUAUAAAUAUAUAUUUUUUUGUCCAGCUGCUGGGAAAUGUUCUUAAGCACAGACUUAGCUUGGUUAAUGAUGUGUAACCACACUUACCUGGCAUCGUUGGCAUUUUAUAGAAUAAUUAUUUGUCUAAGAAUCAAAUUGCCAGAGAACAACAGUUUAUGAUAAACUAAUUAAUCAUUUAACCGGUAAUCAGGUCUGAACCCAGGCUUUGCUAGGUUGAUGAUAUUUAACCACACUUACGUGGCAUCGUUGGCAUUAUAAGGAAUAAUUAUUUGUUUUAGAAUCAAAUUACCCGAGAAUACCAGUUUAUGAUAUACUGAUUAAUCAUUUAACCGGUAAUCAGGU